AUGUCAGGCGCAAAAGACAGGAUGCGUCAUAAAAAGAUGAGGAAUCAGCCGAGUAGCGUUACAUACUCCUCACCUGACUGGAGCGGAUCACAGAAGCGCAACGGCGGAGACACACCCCAUUCGGGGCGCAGUUUUGACUCUUCAUCACAUAUGAGGGGCGGGGGACCAUCACCUUCAGACCGGUAUCACCAGCAGGGUGGGUGGAUGAGGGGACGCCAGGCUGGUGCCCAGGCCUAUGCCCAGGACCUACCCAAAUGCCUCACCGCUUCCAGUUUUGCAAAAGCCAGAGCUGCUGAGGUCAAUGCCAUGCUGAAGGCUGUUAACAAGACUACAGGCAGUUGUCAUGUGUUUGGAGCGCUACCCAAGCACAUGAGAAGGAGAGCAAUGAGUCACAACACCAAGCGACUUCCCUGCAGGCUGAGGGAGGGGGCGCUGAAAAUGCUGGAAAAAAGUCAGCAGUCAGCUCAAAAGGGAAAGAAAGAGCUGUCCAAGAAUAAGAGUCGCAAAGCUCGGCGGCGCCACGGCAACCUUCUUCUGGAGUUUAAUCGACGACAAAGAAAGAACAAGUGGCUUGAGACGCACAUCUGGCACGCUAAGCGCUUUCACAUGGUGAAGAGAUGGGGUUACUGCCUGGGUGACCGACCCACACAGAAAUGUUACAGAGCCUGUUACAGAGCCAUGAGUUCACAUUGCCUUCUCCAGGACCUAUCUUACUACUGCUGCAUAGAGCUCCAGGGUCCAGAGGAUCUGCUCCUGAGGUCUCUCUCCAGGCUCACCAGCAAAGAGACAGGUCCUACUUUUGCAGCAUCCCUGUGUCUCUCUGGUAGAAGAGAAGGCAGUGUAAUGCUCUACAGACCUGAUCAAUACCCCAGUCAAGCCCUGGGCCCGGUGCUCUUCCUCUGGAGACCCUGUACCAAAGGCUCGGCCCACAGGCAGCUCUGGAUCUGGGCCCACCCCACUGUAAAGCAGGACCUCUUGCCGGAGCUUAAGGCUGUAUGCCAGUGUUCUGAGGCUGUGGUGCCGUCAGCUACUGCUGCGGUGCCCGUUCCUGCUCCAGUUCCCACCCCAGUUCCAGAAUCCACACAGCCUUCCCCCACAGGGCAGCCGACCAGCCGGAAGCGCAAGAGGACUGAUGGGAACCCUGACGGCCAACCUGCCAAGAAGAUCGUCGGCGAUGGUACUCGCUCUCCGACGACCCCUGUGAGCUGGCGGUCUCCUGUCAGUGGAAUUGUGAUUAGUGACCUCAGCAUGGAAAUUGUGCGCUAUCGUCUGAUUGGACCGCUCUCUCACACAGUUUUGUCUGAAACUUUGGAACCAGCCACAGACUGUGAUGCUGAAAGCAAAAGUAAGUCAUGUGCUUUUUGGUGGCCAGAGCAUUGCAAAAAUCAGGACAACAUGUCUCUUCACCAGCAACAGUCAGACAUCUUCCAGUUGUUUAAAGGUGUCUACUCCACCGCUGAAUUCCCAGCUGGGACUGUGUUGGGUCUUACAGUGGACGACCCCAGACUGACCUUGCCCAGAAAGAAGGACAAAGCCCUGCCCAACCUGCAGAAGGCAGAAGGUGUGGAUGAGGACAGGCUGAGGGACAUUUCUCUGCGGGGGGUUCCAGAGCAGUGCAGUCAUAGUGCCUUGUGGGAGCAGUCAGUCCGUGACAAUGUUACUGACAAUAAGAUUUCAGAACAGGAGCUGAACAGGAUGAAGAGUCAGCUUCUGGUUCCAGGUUCCAGGCUAAGCCCAGUACCCCUGCAGGGACGUAUCCCUGUGUUGUUGGUCCAUCAGCCUGGAAAGCAGCAAGGCCAAGAGAUGGCCUCUUGGGGGACAGGUUGGGACCUUCUGCUGCCCAAGGGUUGGGGCAUGGCCUUCUGGAUACCUCUGCUAUACAGAGGGGUUCGCACUGGGGGCCUACAGGUUGGUCUCAAACACUCCCAGAAUAAAGGCGUGGCCCACUUCCCUCACGACUACCCAGACUGCCCGGCAGGCGCCAGGUUUCAGCAGGAACAGGAGAUGGACCUCCUGGAGAAGUUCAAAAGACGGCCACCUUCCAAGAGAGCCAAUUACAUCAAACAUGGUUGCCUGGCACCGUUCAGAUGCCCCUGGCAGCAGCUGGUGGAGGAGUGGGAAGAGAUUGUGAGGGAGGGUGGGGACGCAGGGAAAUCUCCUGAGGACACGGUAACUGGACAGCCAACACAGCUGACAGAAAUGUUAUCACAUCCUGCUAACAGCUCUGCGCCACGGGGCAGUUUCGCUGUCUUGCGGAACAGGAAAGCCCUAAAGCAGCUCUCAGCAUGGUGUCGACCCACAUCUUCAAAAGGACAAAGGGCACAGAGGGGCUCUCAGACAGCUGCUUUAUGCCCAGCCUCUGUAGCGUCUCUCCAGACAGCCCAUCCAUCUUGUCUGGUAUGGGUGCGUUUGUCUCUCCUCACUAAAGGUCAUCCAGUGCUCCACGCCAUGGUGUGCGUACCCACAGCCGACGAUCUUCAACAGCUGUUGAAGGAUCCCCACGGUAGUGGACCCCAAGAACCCCAACACAAAGACCAUUUCAAGAGCCGAAUCAAACGACGCAAGAAGGGCCAUAAAACCCCUAGCUCUGCCCCGAAGAAUGAGAGCUCUGAUCCAAAUAAGGAGCAAGGUUCUGACUCCACCCAAAGUCUUCCUAUGGAUCAAGGUUCCAGCCCCACUCGCUGCCUGAGUCCAGAACCAAGCUCAACCCCCAUCCUCACUGUCAGUAAAGAACCAGGUAUUGAUCCCACCAACUCUGCUUCCUCGGGUGAAAACCUAACUAUAGGACUGUGGCCGAAACCUCUCCCCAGUGUAACGUCCCACUGCUCACGACUCACCUUAGGCUGGAUAACACAGGGCGACUUCUCACUGACUGCUGGGUGUGGGGAAGCUCUGGGCUUGGUCAGUCUUGCUGGUCUUCUCCAAAUGCUCCUCAAACAACCUGCAGAACAACGUGGCCUCGUGCUGCUACGUAACCCUGCCUCCCUACAGUACCGCUUUGCCAAGAUCAACAUCGAAGCCUGA